GUGGCCGCGCGCCCGUCUCAGAUACACUCCACCCUCGAACGAAUCGACGACCAGCUUUCUCGGCAUGAAAUUGCACAUUUUACUGCUAACGGCACUUCCCUUGUGCCUGGCUGAAUUUUCAAUUCAGGGACCUAGUGACGGGCAUCGACGGGCUCAGGGUCUGAAGUUCAGCGAGGAGAAAGGAAUCGAGUACACAGAUGCAAGCGAGGGAGGUGGAGCCGGAGACUUUUCGAUUCAAGGAGCGACCGACGGUAAUAGCAAUUUCAGAAUUCAAGGCGCUACGGAUGGACACUCAAAUUUCCAGAUUCAAGGACCUUCCGAUGGUGGAGCGGCCACGUUCAAUGUACAACCGCCGGUUCACGAACAGCCCGUAAUUCAUGGAGCGUACGAUGCCAAUCAGGGAGCGUAUGAUGCCAAUCAGGGAACGUACAAUGCCAAUCAAGUUAACGCGAAAGCGCUUGAGUACAACGAUCCAAGCGGUUACAGAGUAAACUGGAGAUCGUAUGACCGUCAACCGGCACAAGCGGCACCGCAAUACGCGGAGCAAGCUGCGGCACCGCGAUACGCAGCACAAGCCGCGGCACCAAUUCCGCAAGCCGCACCCCGACAGCGAGCGCAUCGUCCGCAACGGGUGCAAGCGCAACAACAACAACCGGUAGAUCCCGUACCGAAUUACAAGCGUUACGGUGACGCGCCACCACAGAUCCAGCAGCUGCUCCAGUUCCAGCAGCAGAUUCCGUAUAUCAACAUCAUUCCGGAACCAUACAGGUUUGACGAGGAGGCGGCGAUACGAGCUCAGGCCGAACAAGUACGGGAACAUCUCCGAAACUUGGUGUCGCAACCACCACCCGGACCUGCUCCUGCUCCCGAACCUCGUCAGAAAUCGCGCGGUCACUCCAGGAACAGGCGAGAGGCGCGUCCGCAGCAGCCGCAAUAUCACAGAGCGUCCCAGCCGCCUGCGGAGCAACAACCGAACUACUCACCUAACCUGCCGUCUCACCUGCUCGAACUGCUGAGAUACCAAGCAGAGAUACCUCAUCAAAUCACCGCCAAUCAGAUCGUGUACCGUCCGGAAAAACCAUACGUGCCGCAUCGAGUAGACCCGCCGCAGCAGCAACAACCUAUCCAACAACCUAUACCCCAGCAAGCUCAAUACCAAGGUCAAGGUGGUGCCUUCGAGGCUCAGGCUAGCGCGUACACUCAGGCUCGCAUCGCCGGUUACAAUCCUCAGCCGGACUACAAUCCGCAGCCAGGCUACAAUCCGCAACCAGGCUACAAUCAUCCUGGAGUGCGACCAGUUACCGAGAAUCAAUAUUGAUCAGUUUGGCUAAGUGCUCGUCAUUGCUUUUUAUUCGUUUCGGUCGGUGGAGCAAGGACGACGAGAUAAAAUGAUUUAUUUAAUUAUUAUGUUUAAAUAAUAAACAUCUGCGAUAAUUAAUGCGAUACGAGUCACUGCAUAGAGUGUUUUUUUUUUUUUUUUGAGUUAAAUAUUAUACAAGACGAAUAUAUGUCUAUAUUUUUUUUUUACUUUUCAUCAAUUUUUUAUGUUAAAACUUGAAAUUGUGAUGAUAUAUAGUUAUUGUACACUUCACCUUUAUAUUCGACUGAUGUUUUUUGUAAACGCAUUCUAUUGCGGCCUUCAAUUCUAUGCAAAACCUGCAAUUGAGAAAGUAAAUUCUUACCGCGGAGUUUUCCGUGUGCAACCGCGGAAAUUUCGACGUACCGAGGUCGAGAAAGAUCGCAAAUACUGUUCAAAAAACUCGAUUUUUUUUCGUAGUAUUUGUGUGCAACGGAACGAAAUAACAAAAUUAAUCAAACAAAAUUAAUGUGCACAUUAAUUAAUUAAUGCGCACAUAAAUGCAUAUUUGAAAUUUCUAAUAAAUGUGUGCGAAGAGUGUUACAUGUAUAUGUGAAUGUAUAUUAUAGUUUUAUCUAUUUUUUAUAGGU